CUGCUCUUGGUUCUUAAGGUUCUGUUUCAGCACCCUCGCUCUUUACUGUUUGUAUGAACAAAGUGGAUUUCAUUACAGAAACAAACAACAGCACCCACUAGUGGCCUGACCUGGAAACUGCAUCAUUGUCAGUGUUUUGGCCUUUUCCCUGUAAACGCACAUCGUUUUACAAAGAGUUGCUGUGUAAAUGUAACAUUUUUCUGAGACAACAACACAAAAGUGACGCAUUUUCACUUGAAGCAUGGUCGUAUGAACAGCCUGCUCUCUCCCUCAUGCCCCCUCCCGUUCAGUUUGUUCUCUCUCUGCUCCUUGAAUUGUUUAAUUUGUCACUGAAUGCAUGGUUUACUUUCAUUCAUUCAUUUUUAAUACUCGCAGUAUCAGGAUUACUUUUUCAUUCUGUGACAACAUUUAAGGUAAAAAUGGAAACACUAGAAUAAAAUAAUGUUCUGCUUUUACGGGGGAAUUAGGAUCCUGUGGGCUCCACUGGGUUUUAACUUUUAUUUUACUUUACACACUGAUGUGUUUGAAGUGGGUAUGAAACUGUUGGGACAGUUCAGAGGAUCCAGCAGAGCGAAUGGCCUUCAGGCUGCCAGCCCAGCUCAGUGAUUCCCCACCUGUCUCUGAACUCUCUUGAUCUUUUUGUUUUUCUUUUCGACAUAUUCCUCUUUCUCUUUAACCGGACAAGCUGAUAUUUUCCCUCCUGUUUUUACUUUUAAUGUAAACACUUAAACGGAGUAGCUUUGAGGCAUAAAUGCAGUUACUUUUAGAGUAAUGCAGGGUUCUUAAGCUCAUUUCUGUUCAGGUUCAACAUGAAUACCGUAGUUCAUCCUGAGUGGGGCGGGCGGUAAACAGUGCCAAAAUAACCUUUAAUCUUAAACUUUAAAGUUGUUGUUUGCUGUGGAGAAGAGUAUAUGUCAUAGAAAUGUCUAUAUUUUCACAAAAGUAAACAAUUAUCACCAAAAAGGGACUCCAAUGUCAACAUGAAGUCAAUUUUAAAGAAACUUUCUUGUGCAAAAUACAGUGAAAUGUCCUGAAACCUUCUCCUUUUGCCUGUUUUCACAAACUCACCUGUCAGCAUGGCUUUGAGGCUAAUGCUAGCCAGCUAGCUUUCAUGGCAGAGUCACCGAUAUCUCAGCUUUGGGUCUCAGUUACUCUGAAAAAUUCAGUUUUCAGUGAAAUCUUAAAAAUGUACUCGGUGGCUUGGCGGGCCGAACUGGAGCUUGUUGCAGGGCCGGUUUUGGACAGCAGCUGUCUCAGGGCGUCUCGGCCUCUGACCAGUCCCUGCUCGCCUCUCAGGUGGGCCGUCUCCUCAGGUGCUCACCGCGGACUCCCACUCCAUCGCUCCUCUGGAAGCAUGUUCCUGUGGGUCGGAAACAAAGCGCCGGAUGAAGGAGGAAGGAAAUCCAUCUACCAGAAGAUCUGUGAGCACCAGGCUCUCGACAAGAGGAGGACGGUGACGGCUCUGCGGCCAGGAGAGGACCGGGCCACGCUGCUGGGCCUGAGCAUGGUGCUCUUCUCCGCCAUGAUGUACUUUGUGCUGGGGGUCACGGUGCUGCGCUCCCACUCCGACAGCGUGUGGACGGACGAGAACAGCUGCACCGUCGUGAACUCCACCAUCGUGUGGGACGUGAACUGUUCGUACAGCUGUGGAGCGGAGUGCUGGCGGAGGUCCCAGUACCCCUGCCUCCAGGUCUACGUCAGGAUCAACUCCUCCGAUAGGGUGGUGCGACUGCUGCACAACGAGGAGGCGCACGAGAGGAAUCCAGAGUGCUUCUACAUUCCAAAGUGCCAGAAGGAUUACUCGGCCACCCACGCCGUCGUUCAGAACGUUUCCCGCCGCCUCAGGUCUCAGCGUAGGGUUCAGUGUUUUGUGGACCCUGGAGGCAGGUCCAGCAGUGCCCUCCUGGCCCCGUUCUACGGCCGGGCGGCGGUCUUCUACUCCCUGUUCUGGCCCACCUGCGUCUUGGUCGGGGGGACGGCCAUCGUCGCCAUGGUGAAGCUGACGCAGUACCUGUCCAUCAGGUGUGAGAGACAGACGAGGACGCCCCGCUCGCGGCUCAUCGGGACCCGUCCUCUGACCGGGACAGAGGAGGUCUGAACCAG